AUGUUUCUUUGUCGGCGGCAGUUUCCGGAGGUCAGGACCCCAGAGUUGUUGGCAAAGCUGGUUGAUGUGGUAUCCAGCUCAGGGGGUUCAAACCGGAAUACCACCACUUUAGCCACACAAGCCGGUUCUAGUUCCCGGCCUGCCGUUGCUUCUUCCUCCGUCCCUGUCUACCAGCCGGUGGUCCAAGCUGUCGCCUCCCCGUCUUUUGCUGUUGAUCUCAAUGGCAGCGUUGGUGAAGAUGUACGUUCAAGGGAAAAUCUGCCGGACGAUUUACUCGGCGUUGCACCGCUUGGCGUUGGAGACGGAGUGUUGGGUGAUGCAGAUGAGGAUGACGUCGAGCCGGAUAUGAUUGACGAUGACAGCGGCGAUGAUAUUGGAGCGACUGAGCCUGCAUUGGCGGCGGGUGGUUCUAGCACUGGCACACAGCAGUAUCCACCACAUUUUUCCUCUUUGGACUUGGAUGCCAUGAGGCAGGAGGGGGUUUCUGGGCACUCUGUUGGAUUCGGAGCUAGAGAUGCGGAAGGGACUGCUGGUCUGACAGAGUUCCAGGUUGGUCAGCAAUUUCAAGAUAAAGAUGAGGCCCUUCUAAGUGUGAAGACUUACAGCAUCCGGCGAGGGGUACAGUACAAGGUAGUGGAGUCCGAUCAUCGCCGGUAUAUGGGCAAGUGUUCCGAGUUUGGGAAUGGGUGCACAUGGUUGAUUCGGCUGAGUCUGCGGAAGCGCAAGGGCAUUUGGGAGGUCAAACGGUACAAUGGACCUCACACUUGCCUGGCCACAUCCAUCUCGAGUGACCACAGGAGUUUGGAUUAUCAUGUGAUUUCGGAGUUCAAUAUGCCAAUGGUUAGGGCUGAUGCAUCCGUCAGCAUAAAGGUGCUCCUGAACGCCACCGCAGCACACUUUGUGUUUAGGCCGACUUACAGGAGGGUCUGGAUGGCAAAGCAGAAGGCUAUUGCCCUCAUCUACGGUGAUUGGGAUGAGUCAUACAACGAGAUACCUAGGUGGGUGUUGGGUGUCCAGCUGACGAUGCCUGGUACUGUUGCAGUCCUAAGGACGAGCCCCGUUCGAGUUGGAGGACAGGUGGACGAGUCUCAAGCGUAUUUUCAUAGACUUUUCUGGACUUUUCCACCUUGCAUCGAGGCAUUCCGCCAUUGCAAGUACGGGGGAACGUUGCUCAUCACAAUUGCACAGGACGGGAACUCCAACAUUCUACCUGUUGCAUUCGCACUAGUAGAGGGUGAGAAUGCUGAGUCCUGGACAUUCUUUCUCUCCCACCUUCGUCAGCACGUGACACCGCAGCCGGGUCUGCUGGUUAUGUCGGACAGGCAUAACGGCAUCAAGGCUGCGCUAGAGGCUCCUGAUGGAGGUUGGUUACCUCCAUCUGCAUACCGCGCAUUCUGCAUUCGACACGUAGCUGCUAAUUUUGCCCUAACCUUCAAGGGCAAAGAUGCACGGAGGCUUCUUGUGAAUGCGGCGUAUGCCAAGACCGAGGUUGAGUUUGAUUACUGGUUUGAUAUACUGCGGUCUGAAGACCCGGCGAUGUGUGAGUGGGCGAACCGGAUUGAUUAUUCAUUGUGGACUCAGCAUCGUGAUGAGGGUCGGAGAUUCGGUCACAUGACGACGAAUAUCUCGGAAUGUGUGAACUCAAUCCUGAAGGGUGUCAGAAACCUACCGGUAUCCUCACUAGUGAAGGCAACAUAUGGAAGGCUUGCCGAACUAUUUGUUCGCAAGGGGAGAGAGGCUGAGGCACAGAUGGGAACCGGACAACAAUUCAGUCAACACUUGGUAAAGUGUAUUGAGGCAAACCUGAAGACGGCGAGGUGCUUCACGGUGACUUUGUAUGACAGGGAUAAUUCCGAGUUCACCGUGGCAGAAACCACUCCGACUGGUUCCUUCUCAUUGGGUAGCUACAGAGUAUCGCUUGCCUCUCGGACAUGUGACUGCGGCUACUUCCAGGCGCUUCAUUUUCCCUGUCAGCACGUGCUUGCAUGUUGUGCCUACUCACGGGUAAACUGGACUACUUAUGUUCACAGCGUGUACCAAAUUAGUUCGGUCUUCAGUGUGUAUCGGAUGGGAUUUACCCCUCCCAUUCCAGAGGGAUUCUGGCCACCAUACGACGGGCCUACUGUCAUACUGGACCCUGACAAGAGACGUGCGAGAGAGGGUCGUCCGAAGUCCACCAGGAUACGAACAAAUAUGGACGAGGCAGAUCCGAACCGUCCAAAGAGAUGUGGUCUUUGUCGCCAACCCGGACACACACGACGGAGUUGCCCACAGCUUGCUGGAUCGUCCCACACUGGGGGCCCUUAG